GUCACUUCUGUGGCAGCAGUAAUCCAUACUACAUAGUUAUUCCUAAUGAGGGAGAGAAGCACCUUCAGCCUGGUCCACACAGCUGUGUAUCCCAACAUGCUUUUUGCAGCAGUCUUGCUUCUUGGAGCUCCAUCUCCUGGUGGAGGCUCAGUGUCCGAACUUGAACCCCCCUGGUGGAGCUGCAUAAAGAGCUCACUGGAUGCUGAUAUGAAUUUCACAGCAGGAGUCAACAAUGGGACCGAUAGUGUGCAACGGAUCCAUCUGUUCAUGGUUGUGGGCAAGAUUAUGACUGUCGUCUUCCUCGGCAUUGCCAUCAACUACAUCAACGCCACGAUGAUCCACACCUUUUUCAGCCAUCAUAUCUUCAAGAUGAACCCUCGUUUUAUCCUUUUCAUCCAUCUGGUUGUGAACGACAUGAUCCAGCUGAUCACCAGCAUCAGCCUCCUCAUCUUAGCUUACACCCUCUAUACCACCCAUGUCCCUCUCUGCUGCCUCCUCAUCAUCCCGGCUGUAGUUACCACACAAAACACUCCGCUGAAUAUCACCUUCAUGGCAGUGGAGUGCUACAUAGCUGUCUGCUUCCCCCUCCACUACAACCAAAUCUGUACAGCCAAAAAAGCAUACAUUGUAAUCGGCAUGAUCUGGACAAUGGGUUCCCUCACCGUGCUGCCCGAUGUCAUCAUCUUUUUGGUCACAGAGUCCCAGGAGUUCAUGAAUUCAAGAGUCGUCUGCCUCAGGGACGGAGUGUUUCGGAGCGCGUACAUCCUAAAGAAGCAAGAUGUGUCCCAUAAAGUGUUCCUGGUUGUGGUUUGGCUCACUAUUUUCUACACAUACUUCAGAAUCUUGUUAGUCGUCAAGGCCGCAGAUGCAGAAGCCAAGAAGGCUAGAAACACGCUCCUCAUUCACGGUUUCCAGGUGCUCAUGUGCAUGAUGGUCUACGUGGAUCCAAUGUUAGUCGCAGUCUUAAUAAAGUUGUUCCCUGGUCAGUUUGCAGUUUUAAAAUUUUUUUCAUUUAUCUUAAACCAAAUCCUCCCCCGCUGCAUCAGUCCUGUCGUGUACGGAUUACGAGACAAGACAUUCAGGAAGUACUUUAAAAGAUAUCUGUGUUCAGUGAACAGCCAUCCAAAGAUUUCACCCACGGGUCCCUUCUGAGAUAAACCUAUCUUCGUUCUGUCUCACUUAUGUCAUACCUAGAGUAAAGAUGCGUCCUAAAAGCUGUAAUGUAAAACAGACUUUUAAAGAUGACCAAAUUCAGAUUAACAGCGCUUUACAUGAGACUACCUACUUAGUCCACAGGGGGCGCCAAAACCCAU